AGACGCUAAGGCCGACAAAACAGAAAUGCAAAAUGCAUUAGACGCUAAGGCCGACAAAACAGAAAUGCAAAGUGCAUUAGACGCUAAGGCCGACAAAACAGCGAUGCAAAGUGCAUUAGACGCUAAGGCCGACAAAACAGCGAUGCAAAGUGCAUUAGACGCUAAGGCCGACAAAAUAGCGAUGCAAAGUGCAUUAGACGCUAAGGCCGACAAAACAGCGAUGCAAAGUGCAUUAGACGCUAAGGCCGACAAAACAGCGAUGCAAAGUGCAUUAGACGCUAAGGCCGACAAAACAGCGAUGCAAAGUGCAUUAGACGCUAAGGCCGACAAAACAGCGAUGCAAAGUGCAUUAGACGCUAAGGCCGACAAAACAGCGAUGCAAAGUGCAUUAGACGCUAAGGCCGACAAAACAGCGAUGCAAACUGCAUUAGACGCUAAGGCCGACAAAACAGCAAUGCAAACUGCAUUAGACGCAAAGGCCGACAAAACAGCGUUGGACCCAAUUAAUACUGCUUUAAAUACAAUUACCACUCCCAGUUCUAUUGGUAAAAUCCCAACCUCAUGUGGAGACUUCAAGACUAUCGGAUUCGUCAAAAGCGGAAUCUUCUCCAUCAUGGACAGCAAACAAGUCAAAAACGUCUAUUGCGAUUUUACUAAAACAACCGAUUCAGAGUUGCAGAAAAUGAUCGGUACCGUCAACGUCAAAUCUGCAGCUGUUUAUUUCCACGCUCAAAUGUCAAAGACUUAUUCGGCUGCCCUAACCACCGUUCCAUUUGAUUCAAUCAAACUUAAUGUGGGAACUGCUCUUAACCCUGCCACUGGAAUAUUCGUCGCUCCUACAUCAGGGAAAUAUUAUUUCGCUUACUCGGGCUUAAGUGAUGCAGGCGUCAGAGCACGAGUUAGGAUGCAAAUGGCGAAUGCUGGAACAACGAAUUGGAAACUAGUAGGAGAAGGGUACGGUGACCCCUCCUACAAGACUUUUUCCAUGCAUGCUACAUUGGAACUUGUCAAAGGCGACCAAGUUAGGCUGUACUUAUCAGAAGGAAUAAUUCACGAGGCUAAUUUAUAUUUUAAUUAUGUUGGUUGGCUAUUGGAAGAGAACGAGUUAACGGUUUGAUUUGACUGGACGAUCGUCCCAAAUAUAGCUGUUACUUACAGACAAUGAAUUCGUAAAUUUAAUAAAUGUGGUUAACGG